CAUAUAUUUAAACAAUUUGAUAAAAAUAUUAAUGAUAUGAAUAUAAUUAGUGGCUCUACUUAUUACUCGUUUGCCGAAAGUGUUGCUAAAAAAUUGAAAAUACGAGUAACUGAUUCACUGGUUACUCGAUAUCCGGACAGUGAGACCAGCUUUGAGAUCAAUGAAUCCGUAAGAGAAAAGCAUAUAUUCAUAAUUCAAUCGAAGAGUAAUUGUAUUAAUGAUGACAUAAUGGAGCUGUUGAUCAUAUGCCACACCUGCAAACUGGUCUCAUCUCACAAAAUCACUGUCGUUUUAACGUACUUUCCAUACGCCCGACAAAACAAAAAACAAAAAUCUCGAUCUCCUAUAACAAGCAAACUAUUUGCUAACUUACUCCAGGUAUCGGGAGUGGACAGUGUUAUCACAAUGGAUCUGCAUUCGCCUCAAAUUCAGGGAUUCUUCAAUAUUCCGGUCGACAAUAUAACUGCUGAAUCAUUAAUUAUUAAGUAUAUUAAAGAGUCGAUUCCUAAUUGGGAAAAGUCAGUCAUAGUAUCGCCCGAUGCCGGCGGAACCAAACGAGUCACUUCAUUGGCCACUAAAAUGGGACUUAAUUUUGCUAUAAUUCAUAAACAUAAGAAUAAAUCAAAUAAACAAAUUGAAUCCAUGGUAUUAGUGGGUGAUAUCAAAAAACGAGUCGUCAUAAUUGUGGACGAUUUGGCCGACACGUGUCGGACAGUAGUCAGUGCCGCACAAAAACUUGAGGAAUCAAACGCUUUGAAAGUCUAUGCAAUUGUAAUACACGGAGUACUGAGUGAACAGUCGUUUGAUUUGAUAAACAAUUCGUGUUUACAAAGAUUUGUUGUCACAAAUACAGUCCCACAGCAUCUUAAUAAAGAGCGCUGUAAUAAACUGGUGGUCAUUGAUGUCAGUAAUGUAUUUGCAAAUGCAAUCAAUCGUAUAUUUAAUGGACAAUCCAUUUCAGAUCUAUCUUUAAAUGUUCCCAAUUCAUGA